AUGCAGCCCAAUUGCUGUCGUGGUUUGGUUCUCGCACUUAUAGCACCCCAGGAACCACCCACACUUGCCCCCAAAGCGUGGUUGGUGGGGGAGGGGGGGCGGGCGGCGGAGGAGAGGCGAGCGGUGGGGACGGGGGAGGGGGAGAUGGUGGGGGUGGCCGGGGAGGGGGAGGAGAGGGGGGUGGAGGAGAGGGAGGAGGGGAGGGAGGAGGGGAGGGGGGAGGCCUGGGGGGAGGAGAGGGAGGAGGGUUGGGGGGAGGAGAGGGAGGAGGUUUGGGAGGAGAGGGAGGAGGAGAGGGAGGAGGAGAAGGAGGAGGGGAGGGAGGAGGAGAGGGAGGAGGAGAAGGAGGAGGAGAGGGAGGGGGAGAAGGAGGAGGAGAGGGAGGGGGAGAAGGAGGAGGAGAGGGAGGGGGAGGAGGAGGGGACGGAGGGGGGAAGGGAGGGGGGAAAGGAGGCGGAGAGGGAGGGGGCGAGUCUGGUGGUGGGGGAGGGGGAGAGCGGAGGGGGGGUGGGGGGAGGGGGAGAGGGCGGAGGAGGGGAGGGAGGAGGGGGAGAGGGCGGAGGAGGGGAAGGAGGAGGAGGUGAUGGUGGUGGCGAGGGAGGGGGAGGAGAUGGAGGGGGUGGGGAGGGCGGUGGGGGGGAUUCGAGGGGGGGAGAAGGAGGGGGGGUAGGGGGAGGAGGGCUGUCGACAGGAGGGGAGGGCGGGGGAGGGGAAGGGGGAGGAGGGGAGGGCGGAGGGGGGCUUUCUAAAGGAGGGGAGGGUGGGGGAGGGGAAGGGGGAGGGGAUGGGGGAGGGGGGCUAGGGGGAGGGGGGCUAUCAGGGGGAGAGACAGGCGCAGGGGUUGGGGCAGCUGCUGUUUCAACAUCCACUGAGUCAGCAGGGGGCGUUGGUGGGGGCGGGGAAGGGGGGGGAGGGGAAGGGGGGGGCGGGGAAGGCGGCGGAGGGGAAGGAGUGGGUGGGGGGGGACUCGGAAGAGGAGUAGUGGCGGGAGGCGAGGAGGGAGGAGGCGAACGGGGAGGCGGUGGGCGGGGGGGAGGAGGUGAAGGGGAGGGUUUCUCUGCAGUUGGGGGGGAAGAGAAGGGGAAGGGGAAGCGGAAGGGAAAGGGGAAGGGGAAGGGAAAGGGGAAGGGAAAGGGGAAGGGGAAGGGGAAGGAGAAGGGAAAAAAGCAAGAAACAAGAAGGCAUGUUUGGGUUCUGGAGUAG